GUGAGUUACUGAUAUCGAUUUCAACAAAAAACUAAUUGAAACGUAACUGGUGAUGUGUGAAUUAAUUUUAACACGCAUGUCCAUACAGGUAGUCGUGCUAAACAUAAACAAUCUACAUCACCACGGAAGUUUAAAUAAACACAAGUGUUACAAACAAGUACAAAGAAGAUGGUGGACCUGGUGCCUGGUUUUCUCAUCCUGGCCUUGUAUACAGGUGGAGCGCUAGCUGGAGAUGUGUGUUACUAUGUCUAUUCUUACUACGUCGGCUUCCACCGGAGUUACUACUACGGUUCCCUGUACUGUCCAGGGAGUUGCUGUGGGUACUACACCGACAGGUCCUUUUGUACCAGUACUGGUUCCAUAGCCGGGGCAAUCAUCGGAUGUAUAUUCUUUGUCGCUGGUAUCGUUUUCCUCGUCUUCCUGUUAAAGAGAUGUAACAGAACACAAACUGGUGUGGUCAUUGCCAGUCAAAAUCCCCGCAACACAGGCGUGUCCGUAGUGACAACGAAUACACAAGCACCUCCACAACAGCAACAUCCGGGACUUUACCCACCGCCAGGAUCCUACCCUGGAGGUAGCUAUCCGCCUCCUCAACCAGCUGCAGUGUCUAACACUGGAGGCACUUAUUUUCCUCCUCCGCCACCCUACGAUCAAGGGAAUCCUGCAUAUCCUCCCCCUCCUAAAUAUUAGGAGUUGCGAGAUAUGGAGAUGAGCCUUGAGUAAGGGGAGAGUGAUUAAACAUAUAAACUGUUUGUAAAAAAGUAGAAUUUUACUUACGUGUAUGUAAGAGUAUAUACCAAGCCAUGUAAAGUUGUAUUUCGUUCACUUUUAAAACCUGUAAAUUACACGGAUGUUUUAUGUCAUGCAAUUUGUACUUCUUAAGAAAGGGGUAGGAUUUAUCUAUGAUCAAGGCAGCCACCAUUGUUUUGUUUAAUUGUGGUUUAAUGUCCUCGCAACAGCAAGGGUCAUAUGAGGACGGGUGCCUAGGUAGACAACAGCCAAGGUCGAUGAGGACGGGUGCCUAGGGAGAUACCGCCGGAAAUAGAAAGUACAGUUGUGUGAUCGCACAAUGUUACACGAUAUGAACAAGGUGUACUACAAAUGUAUUUACUGUGUAGCACAGUUGUUCGAGAGUGUCGUGAAUGAUAUAUAUCAAGGAAUGGCCUGAAAAAAUGGAUAUUUAAGCUUAUUCUUUAUAUAUAUUUAAGUAUGCUAUCAUAUAUCAUAUUAUAUGUGCAUGGUUAUCCAUUUAUUUACACUUCCUGUACCCAAAUUGUUUUAAAACGACUUUAAUCGACACGUAUGCAGGGUUUAGUCUCGAAUAGCAUACAUUUCUAAGAUACCUUAUCUCACCUAGCAUACAUGUCAAUUUUGACAACUAAAAUAAAUUGCAUUGGUUGUAGUCCGUUUCAAAGUGGUGUAGCUGACAGUGAUACAUAUUAUCGAGAGUUGUCAAUUUAUGACAAUUAUAUAUUCAAUUAUCAUGGUAAAGAAAUAAAAUAACCUGGUACAUGUAAUAUAUUGCAGAAGUAUA